CAUCUGUCGAACUGCUCACAAUAUGAAGCCGAAAACGCUGUGUUUGCCGUUCCUCAUUGUGGCGUUUCUUUUUGCCUCUGACAUACCAAGCGUUCAAGGAAUGUAUUUAACUAACAAUUUGUUAAGCCGUGCAGCGCAAGAACUUAGUUAUUUGAUAAGCGGUGUAGGUACUGAUAUUAACGAUGUUCUGUUCGAACGCUCCAAAAUGCGGCCAUUUACGAUUACCGUAAACAAUCCAACAGAGGCGGAGAAAGACGGAAGUGAAAUUGGAGAUAUUUCGCAGAAAACAUAUGUAACCGACCCGGAUAACGCAAUGGAGAACUUGGCAGAGAAGAAUGGAAGCGCAAAUGUAGAUCCGCAGGAAUUAUCAACAUUGGUGGAAAAGUUAUUGAAUUGGAUAAGUUUUUUAAAUAUCUUAAAAAGUAUUUAAAAGGACACAAAGUAAAACUGUCAAAAAGCAAACACCAAACGAAUACAAAAUGGGCAUGCCAUUGGUAAAAUAUAAAUUUUUUUAAAUAACAAAAUUUUUACUUCACAAAAGUUUUGUAAGUCUAUUGAAGGUGUAAACAGGAGUAAAUAAAAAUAAUUGAAGCGCCUAAA